CGGUACAGUAAAUAUGAGCAGCCGAGUGGCUAAAACACUCCGCCUCCUUGCUCCAACUUUGAGGCGAGUAUAUAAAAACAUCUAGACAGGCUCUGGGUGGAAGUAGAAGUUACAACUUACCGUAUGAAUAUCAAACCUGUGGUUACAUAAGUAGAAGUUACAUGUAAAGAAAUCUGCGAGCUGAAUCGACUCGGCUCUCUCGCCAUUCUGCCGACUGUACCUGAACGCAGCACAUGUCAGCUAACUCCCUGUGGGCAAAUCCGGGGAGAAAAACCAAUCCGACGUUCAUUUAAACGCUCAGCUGAUUCAAGCACCACUUCGAGCCGCCGGAGAGAACACAGCACUGCACUGCUUAUUUUAACACGGUGAAGGUGAAAGGAACCCAGACUGGACAAAAGGACGACAUGAUGAAUAGCCUAUAUGUUUGCAAGCUGACUGAUCAAGGCAUUUGCUGUAGGUUCUCCCCUCUCACGCGUUGUGUCCGCCUGUUUGGAUUCCCGAAGUCAGAGCCGAGCCAUGGCCAACAUUCAGGUCCGGAAGUAUCGCGACGAAGACGCCGAGGCGGUGAGGGAGAUCUUCACCCUGGGGAUGAGCGAGCACGUGCCUUCGUCCUUCAUGCACCUCCUGAAGCAGCCGCUGACCCAGAUGGUGCUCAUGUGCGUGUUCUGCGCCCUCCUGACCAGCUCCAAGUCCUUCCUGCUGCCCAUCCUGGCCGUCACGCUGUUCCUGGCCGGAGCGCGGCAGGUUGUCGUCUACAUGUUCAACAGCUACAUCGACACCUCCCUCAGGAAGGACCUGAACAGCAUCGGUGACACCUACCUGAAGCACAAGGACUCGUGUUUUUGGGUGGCUGAAAGCGACGGCCGGGUGGUCGCCACGGUGGCGUGCCUCCCGGCGGAGCACGCGCCCGGGUGCCUGGAGCUGAAGCGCAUGUCCGUGUGCCGCAGUCACCGCAGGAUGGGCAUCGCUAAGACUCUGUGCGGCACGGUGGCCGAGUUCACUCGCGACAGGGGUUUUGCCGCAGUCGUCCUGUUCACGUCGCUGGUGCAGACGGACGCUCAGAAGCUGUACGAGAGCAUAGGCUUCGAGAAGACCAGAGAGUUCGUUGUCCCCGAGCUCGCUGCCAAAAUCAUGAACUUCACGUUGUUUGAGUACAGACUGGAUUUACAGAGAGACGGCAAAAGGGACUGAAUCUGGCGUGAGGACGUCAGGGCACCUUUCAUCUCAUCCGCUUUCUGAAGGACAGAAUGAAUCAUCAUAUUAUUGUUUUCGCAAAAUGGGAUAUUGGUUCGGGAACGUCUGCAAUGGCCGUGGUCACUCUGUUAAAUGUUCCAUGGUGAUGGAGCUUCUUUUAGGUUUCUGGAUUAUUUCAUUUGGUAAAGGAGUUCAUUCAUUUCCUCUGGAUACUUAGAAUUAAGUGUAUCUCAAGUUGCUCCUAUAGUUUUUGUAACAUUAAUUGAUUUCUCUGGAGUAUACCAUUAUUUUUACACAUUGAAGUCAAUUUACAGAUUGUAAAAACUCUACCACAGCUUUGUGAAAGGUGUCCUGAAGUGAUGUCAGCAUCAGAUUACAAGAAAAAAAAAAAUCUGGGGGUUAGUGGAGUUAGAAAUAUGUAACCUUACCAGACCUCUGUAGCUCGCUCCUUUUAUCAAUUACAAUUUUUCUAUUUAAAUUUUCCUUAUUUAAUCCAGCCUGACGCUGCGAUUGAUUUGACACUGUUGUCUCUUAUCCACGUGAAUUACUGUUGUUGUUCUUUCAUCAUUAAUCUAUAAAGUCAGACCAAUCAACCAUCAGACAUUCCGUCUACAGUGAUAUAUAACAGAGAGAGAGGGGCAGUAAAUGCCCACUCUUUUCUUAAGAAAAAUGAUUGUUCUGUAAUUAAAGUAGUUGCUGAUUAAUUUGAUAUUUGACCAAUCAACUUAUUGACAGAUUAAUUAGACAAAUUGUUGCAGCUCUUGUGAACCUGUGAACACUGAGCUGCUUGAGGAGAUUAGAUCAUGACUGUACCUUUUCAUAUCAGGGCCAAAUCUGAUGGGUUUUUGUUUUUUUUAUACAGUAUUUCAACUUCCUGUACUGUUUGAAGUAUUGCCCAUUGAGACACAUGACAGGCAAUAAAACAUGUACUUCACUUUUUAAUCGAAAAAUAUA